GGAAAAAAUCAAACGAAGCUAGCAAUUGCUUUUCAACCGUGAUCCACACAACAAGUACGGAGUUUCAAAAUAGUGAAUAUUAUAUUAGCAGAAUCCGUGUGAGCGUAUACAAAACAAGGAAACAAAUUCCAACGCUCCCGUGACACAAAAUGCUAUAGAAAUUGAAAGUCAAAUGAAUUCUUUACAAACCUGUGUGUGUGCGUGUAAUUUAAGCGUCAAUUUUUUGAUGAUAAAAUUUGCCUUCAUUUAUUCAUGUGUGCGUCGUUGAGCAUAUGAGCCUGCGAUAGUGUGUGUGUGUUGGUGUGAGCGUCGAGCAUAAGAAAAAACAACAACAGCAACGCUUAGCGAAAAAGGGGAACAAAGAGAACAGCGAGACAAGACUCCAUCUUAGCAGACGAAGAAAGGAACAAAAAGGAGGACACGAUGGCCAGUUUCCAGAUCCACCAGGACAUUAGCAACAAGGAGAACCCGGGCAUAAAAAUUCCGGCCGGAGUGAAGAACUCUAAGCAACCGCUGGCCGUAAUCGCUGGGAAAUCAGAGAAAAAUGCGCUUGCGCCACGGGCAAAUUUCGCCGUGCUUAAUGGCAACAACAAUGUGCCGCGUCCUAUCGGGAAAGUGCAAGUCUUUCGUGACGUAAGGAACCACGUUGUCGAUGAAAAUGUGGAGUAUGCUGCCAAGAAAUCGAAUGUGGUGCCCGUGGUGGAGCAGUUUAAGACAUUCUCCGUAUACGAGGAUAACUGCGACACCCAGGUGGCACCACCUGGCAAAUCCUUGGCCUCCAUGGCCUAUAAAGAAAACCAAUAUGCCGUAAAGAUCGAUGUUGUGCAAAAGGAGUUCGUCGACUGCGACUUGGAUGGCACGCCCAUGUCCGUCACGGAUGUCUUGUCACCCAUGUCGGUGGAUCGCUCGAUUCUUGGUUCCAUCCAGUCAAACGACAUCAUCGAAUCGGGAGCCACGCCAGGGGGACAAGUUAAGGAGUUGCCACCGCGCAACGAUCGCCAGCGAUUCUUCGAAGUGGUCCAGUACCAAAUGGACAUACUUCAAAAUUUCCGGGAGAGCGAGAAGAAGCAUCGCCCUAAGCCACUCUAUAUGCGCAGGCAGAAGGACAUUAGUCACAAUAUGCGCUCCAUCCUGAUUGAUUGGCUGGUGGAAGUUUCCGAGGAGUACAAGCUGGACACUGAGACGCUCUACCUUUCCGUCUUCUAUCUGGAUCGCUUCUUGAGCCUAAUGGCGGUGGUCCGCUCAAAGUUGCAGCUGGUGGGCACAGCAGCCAUGUACAUUGCCUCGAAAUACGAGGAGAUCUAUCCUCCAGAGGUGGGUGAGUUUGUGUUCCUCACAGACGACAGCUACACCAAGGCGCAGGUGCUGCGCAUGGAGCAGGUCAUCCUGAAAAUUCUUUCGUUUGAUCUAUGCACACCGACUGCUUAUGUCUUCAUCAACACGUACGCUGUGCUGUGCGAUAUGCCCGACAGGCUGAAGUUCCUGACACUGUACAUAUCUGAACUGUCGCUAAUGGAGGGAGAAACGUACUUGCAAUAUUUGCCCUCACUUAUGUCGUCCGCUUCGCUCGCAUUGGCUCGUCAUAUCCUGGGCAUGGAGAUGUGGACGCCGCAGCUGGAGGAGAUCACAACCUACAAACUGGAAGACCUGAAAACUGUGGUCCUGCAGCUGUGCCAAACCCACACAACGUCGAAGGAGCUCAACACGCAGGCCAUGCGGGAAAAGUACAAUAGAGACAAGUACAAGAAGGUGGCUAUGAUCGAAUCAAUUGAGCUGACCAAGGAUGACUUUGAUCAGCUUUGCCAGGCCUAUAACGCCAAGCAAAAUGAGAAUCAGCGCCAGCAACAGGAGAACGUGAAUUUGUUUUAUAAGUUUUAAGUGUUUUGCGCCUCUGCCAUGGUCAAAUUUUAUUUUAGUUUAGUGUUUCCAUGUACCAUUUCGUAGAUUUAAUUUUAAGUUAACGCAAUUGAGGAAUCGCAGUUCGGUGCCACAAGACCAGUUGCAUUCGAGCUCUGCAUUGGUUGGCCGAUUGGCAAGCUCCCGUAACAAGUACUGGACAAUUUUAUAUGCGCGCCAUAUAAAAGAUUAGUUGCCAACAAGUACGUUCACUUUCCAACACCAACAUUCACGUCUGUCCACGGUGAGAGCUUGCCACGCCAAGCGUGAGCAGUAGGAACUGCGGCAGUCUUAGAAAACGAACCGACCAACAACGAGCUGAACUAAAAUGCAGAACCCACUAUUCACACACCGAACCUAGUUGUUCUGCUCAGGCUACCGAUAUUUUAUAUUUUACGUUACCACUUCAUCAAUUUCUGUUCUCCAUGUAUUUUUAUGUAUUUAUAAAUUGAAUCAUAUGGAUGUAUACAAUGUGUCUUUUGCAGGAACAGCUCGAAGAAUUAUUUUACAAAAACAUAUUUAUAUACUAACUAUUAGGCCAUGAAUGUUCUGUGAACCACGAAACAAAUACAAACGUCAAUAUUUACAAAA